CUUACGAACCCAACGAUGAUUACGACAAAGCUCACCAAAUUAGCGCUGCUACUACUAUUCGCGUCUGCAGCAAGGGCGCAACAAGGAAGAUUUUCAAUUGACAACGGUAUUUCAAUACAAGGCAUCAAUUGUUAUGGUAAAGCAAACGUGUGUGUUGGUCCCCUAAAUUAUAAAGGAUGUGAAGUAGAUGCUCAAGGUAAUAGCUUUGCCACAGGCAAUGCCAUUCAGUGUCCCCCUAACCACCGCUGCGUAAACGAUGGAGUAGAGAUUUGCAUACCUCUUAAGUCGUUUACAGCAGCUCCUCAAAUUGUGCCUCUAAUAGUCACAUCUCAAAGCCCACUUAACUCGAUUUCGACGGAGGGACCUUCUCCAAUUACUUCUUCAAAUUCCGAAUCCACGAGUGUUAUGUCGGAUACUACGACAACCCCAGCACCUCGAACAUCCGUGGUAACUCAAGAACAACCAAGUAUUCCUGUUGACACAACCACUGCCACCGAUGGCCCUAUAUGGACCACAUUUCUAACAGAUGGCCCAAACUCGGUUGCAGAUGCUUCAACAGAUCAAGUAACAACAGAAAUAAUUUAUUCCACACUGGAACCAAAAUCAUCGGUAGAUCCUAAUAGUCUGAAGGACGCCACUGUAUAUCAAGAAACAACGACAACUAUUCCUGCUGACACAACUGCUCUUCAGAAUGAAGGCACUGAAAUUACCACCAUUUCAGAGGCUUAUAAUACAUUGAAUCCAACUGAAACUACCGACAUUAGUAUUCCAGCCAACCGUAAUACUCCUUUGGAGACAGGACUUGUAAUAGAAACAACACCUAUCCCUGUGGAAAUGACAACACUGGAUGUCCAGGUUUCUGAAACGACCAUACCGGAUAUAGAUGAUACUAACACUACCAUUGACCCUAGUAAUCCGAUCGAUUCAGUACCAUCUGGUACCACUGUUCCAGUCGACCCAUACGCCCCUGUCGAUCCCAGUGCUCCAGUCGAUUCGAAUGUGCCUUUGAGUCCAAAUGAACAACCCGGCUCCAAUUCGCCAGAGGAUCCCAGCGCGUCAGUAAAUCCGAAUGCCCCUGUCAUUCCAGGUGCUUCUGUGGACCCUAAUACACCGGCCGAUCCAAGUGCUCCAGCCAAUUCGAACUCACCAUUAAAUCCAAAUGAACAACCUGGUCCCAAUUCACCAGUGGAUCCCAAUGCAGCAGCCGAUCACAGCGCUCCAGUGAAUCCGAAUGCUUCCGUCGUUCCAGGUGCUUCAGUGGACCCUAAUACACCUGCCGCUCCAAGUACUCCAGUCAAUUCGAACUCUCCAUUGAAUCCAAUUGAACAACCUGGUCCCAAUUCGCCAGUGGAUCCCAAUGCAGCAGCCGAUCCCAGCGCUCCAGUGAAUCCGAAUGCUUCUGUCGUUCCAGGUGCUUCCGUGGACCCUAAUACACCGGCCGAUCCAAGUGCUCCAGUCGAUUCGAACGCACCAUUAAAUCCAAAUGAACAACCUGGUCCCAAUUCGCCAGUAGAUCCCAAUGCAGCAGUCGAUCCCAGCGCUCCAGUGAAUCCGAAUGCUUCUGUCGUUCCAGGUGCUUCUGUGAACCCUAAUACACCGGCCGAUCCAAGUGCUCCAGUCAAUUCGAACUCACCGUUGAAUCCAAAUAAACAACCUGGCGCCAAUUCGUCAGUGGAUCCCAAUACACCUGUCGAUCCAAACACCCCAGCCGAUCCCAGCGCUUCACUGAAACCGAAUGACCCUGUCGUUCCAGGUGCUUCCGUGGACCCUAAUACACCGGCCGCUCCAAGUACUCCAGUCAAUUCGAACUCACCAUUGAAUCCAAUUGAACAACCUGGUCCCAAUUCGCCAGUGGAUCCCAAUGCAGCAGCCGAUCCCAGCGCUCCAGUGAAUCCGAAUGCUUCUGUCGUUCCAGGUGCUUCCGUGGACCCUAAUACACCGGCCGAUCCAAGUGCUCCAGUCGAUUCGAACGCACCAUUGAAUCCAAAUGAGCAACCUGGUCCCAAUUCGCCAGUAGAUCCCAAUGCAGCAGUCGAUCCCAGCGCUCCAGUGAAUCCGAAUGCUUCUGUCGUUCCAGGUGCUUCUGUGGACCCUAAUGCACCUGCCGAACCCAGUGCUCCAGUCGAUUCGAACUCACCAUUGAAUCCAAAUGAACAACCUGGUCCCGAUUCGGCAGUGGAUCCCAGUGCACCAGUCGCUCCAAACACUACAGCCAAUCCCAGCGGUCCAGUGAAUCCGAAUGCUUCUGUCGUUCCGGGUGCUUCUGUGGACUCUAAUGCACCUGCCGAACCCAGUGCUCCAGUCGAUUCGAACUCACCAUUGAAUCCAAAUGAACAACCUGGCUCUAAUUCGGCAGUGGAUCCCAAUGCACCAGUCGCUCCAAACACUCCAGCCAAUCCCAGCGAUCCAGUGAAUCCGAUUGCUUCUGUCGUUCCAGGUGCUUCUGUGGACCCUAAUGCAUCUGCCAAUCCCAGUGCUCCAGUCAAUUCGAACUCACCGUUGAAUCCAAAUAAACAACCUGGCGCCAAUUCGUCAGUGGAUCCCAAUACACCUGUCGAUCCAAACACCCCAGCCGAUCCCAGCGCUUCACUGAAACCGAAUGACCCUGUCGUUCCAGGUGCUUCUGUGGACCCUAAUGCACCUGCCGAACCCAGUGCUCCAGUCGAUUCGAACUCACCAUUGAAUCCAAAUGAACAACCUGGUCCCGAUUCGGCAGUGGAUCCCAGUGCACCAGUCGCUCCAAACACUACAGCCAAUCCCAGCGGUCCAGUGAAUCCGAAUGCUUCUGUCGUUCCGGGUGCUUCUGUGGACUCUAAUGCACCUGCCGAACCCAGUGCUCCAGUCGAUUCGAACUCACCAUUGAAUCCAACUGAACAACCUGGCCUCAAUUCGUCAGUGGAUCCCAAUGCACCUGUCGCUCCAAACGCUUCAGCCGAUCCCAACGCUCCAGUGAAUCCGAAUGCUUCUGUCGUUCCGGGUGCUUCUGUGGACCCUAAUGCACCUGCCAAACCCAGUGCUCCAGUCGAUUCGAACUCACCAUUGAAUCCAAAUGAACAACCUGGCCCCAAUUCGGCAGUGGAUCCCAGUGCACCAGUCGCUCCAAACACUACAGCCAAUCCCAGCGGUCCAGUGAAUCCGAAUGCUUCCGUCGUUCCAGGUGCUUCAGUGGACCCUAAUACACCUGCCGCUCCAAGUACUCCAGUCAAUUCGAACUCUCCAUUGAAUCCAAUUGAACAACCUGGUCCCAAUUCGCCAGUGGAUCCCAAUGCAGCAGCCGAUCCCAGCGCUCCAGUGAAUCCGAAUGCUUCUGUCGUUCCAGGUGCUUCCGUGGACCCUAAUACACCGGCCGAUCCAAGUGCUCCAGUCGAUUCGAACGCACCAUUGAAUCCAAAUGAGCAACCUGGUCCCAAUUCGCCAGUAGAUCCCAAUGCAGCAGUCGAUCCCAGCGCUCCAGUGAAUCCGAAUGCUUCUGUCGUUCCAGGUGCUUCUGUGGACUCUAAUGCACUUGCCGAACCCAGUGCUCCAGUCGAUUCGAACUCACCAUUGAAUCCAAAUGAACAACCUGGCCCCAAUUCGGCAGUGGAUCCCAAUGCACCAGUCGCUCCAAAUAUUCCAGCCGAUCCCAGCGCUUCACUGAAACCGAAUGACCCUGUCGUUCCAGGUGCUUCUGUGGACCCUAAUGCACCUGCCGAACCCAGUGCUCCAGUCGAUUCGAACUCACCAUUGAAUCCAAAUGAACAACCUGGUCCCGAUUCGGCAGUGGAUCCCAGUGCACCAGUCGCUCCAAACACUACAGCCAAUCCCAGCGGUCCAGUGAAUCCGAAUGCUUCUGUCGUUCCGGGUGCUUCUGUGGACUCUAAUGCACCUGCCGAACCCAGUGCUCCAGUCGAUUCGAACUCACCAUUGAAUCCAAAUGAACAACCUGGCCCUAAUUCGGCAGUGGAUCCCAAUGCACCAGUCGCUCCAAACACUCCAGCCAAUCCCAGCGCUCCAGUGAAUCCGAUUGCUUCUGUCGUUCCAGGUGCUUCUGUGGACCCUAAUACAUCUGCCAAUCCCAGUGCUCAAGUCGAUUCGAACUCAUCAUUGAAUCCAAAUGAACAACCUGGCCCCAAUUCGUCAGUGGAUCCCAAUGCACCUGUCGCUCCAAACGCUUCAGCCAAUCCCAGCGCUCCAGUGAAUCCGAAUGACCCCGUCGUUCCAGGUGCUUCUGUGGACCCUAAUGCACCUGCCGAACCCAGUGCUCCAGUCGAUUCGAACUCACCAUUGAAUCCAAAUGAACAACCUGGCCCCAAUUCGGCAGUGGAUCCCAAUGCACCAGUCGCUCCAAACACUCCAGCCAAUCCCAGCGCUCCAGUGAAUCCGAAUGCUUCUGUCGUUCCAGGUGCUUCUGUGGACCCUAAUGCACCUGCCGAACCCAGUGCUCCAGUCGAUUCGAACUCACCAUUGAAUCCAAAUGAACAACCUGGCCCCAAUUCGGCAGCGGAUCCCAAUGCACCAGUCGCUCCAAACACUCCAGCCAAUCCCAGCGCUCCAGUGAAUCCGAAUGCUUCUGUCGUUCCAGGUGCUUCUGUGGACCCUAAUGCAUCUGCCAAUCCCAGUGCUCCAGUCGAUUCGAACUCACCAUUGAAUCCAAAUGAACAACCUGGCCCCAAUUCGUCAGUGGAUCCCAAUGCACCUGUCGCUCCAAACGCUUCAGCCAAUCCCAGCGCUCCAGUGAAUCCGAAUGCUUCUGUCGUUCCAGGUGCUUCUGUGGACCCUAAUGCACCUGCCGAACCCAGUGCUCCAGUCGAUUCGAACUCACCAUUGAAUGCAAAUGAACAACCUGGCCCCAAUUCAUCAGUGGAUCCCAAUGCACCUGUCGCUCCAAACGCUUCAGCCAAUCCCAGCGCUCCAGUGAAUCCGAAUGCUUCUGUCGUUCCAGGUGCUUCUGUGGACCCUAAUGCACCUGCCGAACCCAGUGCUCCAGUCGAUUCGAACUCACCAUUGAAUCCAAAUGAACAGCCUGGCCCCAAUUCGGCAGUGGAUCCCAAUGCACCUGUCGCUCCAAACGCUUCAGCCAAUCCCAGCGCUCCAGUGAAUCCGAAUGCUUCUGUCAUUCCAGGUGCUUCUGUGGACCCUAAUGCAUCUGCCAGUCCCAGUGCUCCAGUCGAUUCGAACUCAUCAUUGAAUCUAAAUGAACCUGGUCCCAAUUCGCCAGUGGGUCCCAAUGCAGCAGUCGAUCCCAGCGCUCCAGUGAAUCCAAAUGCUUCUGUCGUUCCAGGUGCAUCUGUGGACCCUAAUACAUCUCCCAAUCCAAGUGCGCCAGUCGAUUCGAACGCAUCAGUGAAUCCAAACGAGCAACCUGGGUCCAAUAGGCCUGUGGAUCCCAAUGCGCCAGUCGUUCCUAGUACUCCAACCGAUCCCAGCGUUCAAGCGAAUUCGAAUGCACCUGCCGUUUCGGGUACUUCUGUGGACCCUAAUGCACCUGCCGAACCCAGUGCUCCAGUCGAUUCGAACGCAACAGUGAAUUCAAACGAACAACCUGGGUCCAAUAAGCCUGUGGAUCCCAAUGCGACAGCCGUUCCUAGUACUGCAACCGAUCCCAGCGUUCCAGCGAAUCCAAAUGUACCUACCGUUCCGGGUACUUCUGGGAGUGCUAAUGCACCUGCCAAUCCCAGUGCUCCAGUCGAUUCGAGCGCAUCAUUGAAUCCAAAUAAACAACCUGGUCCCAAUUCGUCAGUGCAUCCCAAUGCACCUGUCUAUCCAAAUAUUCCAGCCGAUCCCAACGCUCCAGUGAAUCCGAAUAAUCCUGUCGUUCCUGGUACUUCUGUGGGCCCCAAUGCCUUUACCGGUUCUAGUGUUUCACCACUAAGACCUAAUAAUCCAUUAAAUCCAAUCGCAACUGUAUAUCCUAGCUCGUCAGGCAAUCCGACCAUACCAGCCAAACCAAAUGUUCCAAGGAUCCCUGAAACUGCAUGGGAGCCCAAAGGUACCAUCCACCCCAUAUGGUCACAACCGCCUCGUCAUAAUGACGGUAGUAUUGCGAAUGGUAAUGCCGGCAGUAAUUGGUGGAGACCUGAUUUUCCACAACUACCUAGACAACCCAAUUUUCCACAAUUGGAGGACAAAGGGCAUAAUGUAUGGAGUCUUGGAUCUAAUUUCCCAGUACAUCACGUGAGGCCUAGUCAACCUGAGUGGGCAAGCAAGCCUCAUCCUCCAAGCGAGGAAGCAGAAGAUAGCGAGUCACUUGAGUUAAGUCCUGGAAAGCAUGUCCCCAAAAAAGAUGCCACGGUGGAGGAAAAACUCAAACCUGAUAAUAGAGAAUCAAAGGAUAAAAACGACUCCAGAGAAAAAGGCGGAAAUAGCAACCAAGAAAUAGUAGAAACAGAAUCGGGCGAAGUUAUACGCCCUGUGAAACGUCACAAGCCUUUGUCCAAGGAAACUUCGGAAGACAAAUCCAAAAGUAACAGUAAGGAAUCAAAAGACAGCAAUGACUCUAAGGAGCACACGGAUAAGGCUGAUAGCAAACAAAGCGAUGAUGACGACGAUAAUUCAUCCGAUGAGCAGAAGAAAACAAUUAAAAAAAUCUUAAAGAAACUCAAAGAGAGCAAAUGUGAUGAAGACGAAAUUUACCCAGAUCCUAAAGAUUGCAAAAAGUAUUAUCGAUGUGUGGAAAAGUCGGAUAAGACAAAGUUGGCUCAUUUACGUUGCGAAAGCGGAAAGCGAUUUGACUCAGAUAAACAAAAGUGUGUGGACAAACGGAAAGCUAAUUGCUUGUCGAAAGAAGAUUUUAUUGAAGAGUUAGCCUGAUUCCUGAUGAAGUUCUCAAAUAUUGGCUACAAAUGAAUCAAAUUUACAAAUCAGUUUUUACAAUAUAAUAUAUUAGAGAAACAAUAGAAACUAUUUUUUUUAAUUUAGAUUAUAUGUGCAUGCUUAUGAUAAUUUCAAAAUGUAAAAGAAGUACCUUUACUUAGUAAUAAAUAAUUUGUUUGAUCCACUA